AUGGAUCUUCCUCCAGGAUUAAAUGUUGAUAAUAAAGGACUGGUCUGUAAACUAACCAAAUCCUUAUAUGGGCCGAAACAAGCUAGCAGACAAUGGUUUGACAAGCUUUCAUCAUUUCUUAUUUCUUCAGGAUAUACCCAAUCUAAAUCUGAUCAUUCCCUAUUUGUUAAAAGAACCCCUUCGGAUUUCACAGCCUUACUUAUAUAUGUUGAUGACAUUGUCUUGACAGGGAAUUCAAUGAAAGAAAUUAAUCUCAUAAAAACUCUUUUGGAUAAUCAAUUUCAGAUUAAAGAUUUAGGAGAACUCAAGUAUUUUCUUGGGUUUGAAGUGGCUAGAUCGAAGAAAGGGAUACACUUGUGCCAAAGGAAAUAUGCCUUGGAUAUCCUAGAAGAAACAGGAAUGCUAGGGAGUAAACCUAGUUCUACACCCUAUUUGAGCAAUACUAGCAGUCUAUACAAAACAGAGGAUUAUAUGGAGAAUCCUAGUGAUUAUAGGAGAUUAAUAGGAAAAUUAUUCUAUCUUACUAACACUAGGCCUGAUUUAUGCUUUACUGUCAAUCUUUUAAGUCAGUUCAUGCAGGAACCAACUAAGCACCACUAUCAAGCCUUACAACAUGUACUUAGGUAUGUCAAAUCAAGUCCAGUUGAAGGACUUUUCUUUGCUGCUGAUUCUAAUCCUCAGAUAAAGGGUUUCAGUGAUUCAGAUUGGGCCACAUGUCCUAAUACAAGAAGGUCUACUACUGGAUACUGUAUUUUCUUAGGCAACUCUCUUAUCUCAUGGAGGUCAAAGAAACAGAGUACGGUGUCAAGGUCUUCCACGGAGGCUGAAUACAGAGCUCUUGCAGCUACAGUGUGUGAGAUGCAGUGGUUGCACUAUCUUCUUCAAGAUUUACACAUUGAGCCAACAGCUACUGCUGUCCUUUAUUGUGACAACAACUCAGCAAGGCAUAUUGCCCACAAUCAAAGCUAUCAUGAGCGAACCAAGCACAUAGAGUUGGAUUGUCACGUUGUUCGUGAGAAAAUACAAGCCAAGCUCCUACAUUUGCUUCCCAUUCGAUCAGAAGGGCAACUCGCAGAUAUAUUUACUAAGUUUCCUCACCGGACUAGGUUCAAAUCUAUUAUUCCCAAGCUUGGAAUGAUAAAUAUCCACCAUCCAGCUUGA